AACGGUUUUCCUUUCCUCCCAAGCAGGCAGGCAGGCAGGCAGGAGCCGCUGGCUGCUUUGGCUGCUUUUCUGCUCGUUAACAGAGCAGGGGCUGUUCGGUUGGCGCCUGCCAGAGCCUCAGGUUACCGAGUUUCUGUGAUCUGGCAGCUGCAAGGCCAUGGGGAACAGCAGAGGCAGGAGCCGCGGCAGCAGCAGCAGGACUUGAAGAUGCUGAGCCUCGUCUCAUGUGUCGGAAGAGUGGUAGUGCUUUUGGCGGCUGUUUUGGUGACCACGUCCAUCACCAUGUCAGGAGAAUGGGGGGAAGAAGGAGUGACGUACGGCCAGCUGGGAAAAGACGUGACGCUGACGUGUGCUGGAGUGAGUCCAGGCUCCACAGCGACCUGGCAGUGGAACGGCGCCCCAGCGCUGCCGGAGGACUCCGCGGUCCAGCAAGGCCAGCUCUUCCUGCCGCACGCCGAGCUCUCCUCCGAGGGCCUCUACAGCUGCCACGACGCCAGCGGGCUCCUCCUCAGCUCCAUCACGCUCCGCCUCGGCCGUGCGCCCGGGUUGCCCUCCAUCUCCUGCAGAGCUUCGAACUACGAGAACUUCUCCUGCUUCUGGGCUUCCAGCCUUGAGACAUUUCUGCCCACCAAAUACAUCACCACCUACAGGAAAAAACAGCUGCCUGGAAGCGAGAACCGAAGGUCCCCAACCAGUGACGUGGGGCUGUGCGUCCAGGAUCCGGCCCAGCCGUUCUCCUGCACCGUCAGCAAGUCCCAGUUCUGGAGUUCCUAUCGCAUGAACGUGACGGAAGUGAACCCACUUGGCUCCAGCUUCCGGCUCCUGGACAUCACCGUGCAAGCCAUCAUCAAGCCUGACCCCCCGGAGGGCCUGCGGGUGGAGCCGGUGCCGUCGGCCCCCAGACGGCUGCGGGUGAGCUGGGAGUAUCCUUCCACCUGGCCAAAAGAGCCGCACUUCCAACUCAAGUUCCGGCUGCAGUAUCGGCCCGUCAUCGACAAUUCGUGGUCUGUGGUGGAGACGGCCAACGUGUCCGAGGUGAUAACGGAUGCGUUCAUGGGCUUGGAGCACGUGGUCCAGGUGAGCGCGAGGGACUUCCUGGAUGCUGGGAGCUGGAGCGAGUGGAGCGCGGAAGCAUGGGGCGUGCCUGCCACCGGACUAACUGCGGUGCCCAGUGAGGCUGCCACUGCAGCCGUCGAGUCAGAGAAUCCAGCCGAGGGCCCCUCUCUCGCCCCCCAGAAUGAGCCUGUUGCAGGCCGCAGUGACCCCACGGAGAAGGUGGCGGUUCUGGUGUCACUGGGCGUCUUUGCCUUCUUUGUCCUGGCUGUGAUUCUGGUCUUUGCCUUCUUGAUGUGGGUCCGGGUGAAGAAGCACAGCAAAGAGGCCACCAAAAACCAUGACCUGCUUGCGGCUGCCAUCCACCUGAAGGCCUUGCCCAAAGCCCAGAUCUUGUAGCCUGCCUCUGCCCCUCUCCAGCAGGGCAGCCCCCACCCACAAGAGGGGCACAGCGCCACUGACCUCGCCCCCUGCAGCUGCCUGGCGACUCGCCGAGGGAUGAGCCGUGGGCGCCCUGC